ACAUUUGUUUCGAUAUUUGUUUAACAUACAUACGGAUAGCCUACAUGCCCAGUAACAAAUUGCUAGAUGGCGGUAAUGCUCUGUGUCAUAUUCAUAAAAGAGAAAUUUGUCCAAACAGGGCUCCGUACUUACGUCAGCAUUCUAGAGAAAACAUGGCGGCCGCCCUGGCAAGGAAGGUGUCCGGGCUGCUGAGGCCGCUGUCUGGCUCUCUGUGUGCCAAGACAUCACAACUCUGUAAACUCUCCAGCCUCAUCCAGCCUCCACCUCGCUACAGCUCUGCUGCAGCCGCUGUCCGCGCUCCUAUGCCGGCUGCAGUGUGUCAGACACCCCGGUACAACCUUCUUCAACGGGUAACGGCACUUAUUCCUAGUUUGAAUCAACAACCAAGCAGAAGUCUGACAUAUGUCAGUCUGAAGAAGGGGAAGAGGAAGACUGUAAAAGCUGUGACAGACCGAUUCAUGAGGCUGCAUUGUGACCUUUGGAUCAGGCGCAAGGCUGGAUACAAGAAGAAACUGUGGAAGAAGAAACCUGCCAGACGAAAGCGCCUGAGGGAGCAUGUAUUCUGUAACAAAACACAGAGCAAGCUUUUCGAUAAAAUGACAACCUCUUUUUGGAAAAGGAGGAACUGGUAUGUUAACGAUCCGUACUUGAAGUACCAUGAUCGGGUCAACCUUAAACUGUAAUUUGCUGAUUCAUGUGUGACAUCUUGUUUUUGAACAUAAUGUUAUGUUAUAUAUAAUAAAAUCAUAUCUGAUAAAUAA